AUGUACACGCUAUGCGACAAUACGUGGCACACCGUCGCCGUUAAAGUCUCCCGCGGGAGCUUAUCGCUUUCGCUGGACGCUGGACCCGAGUUGAAAGGGGUCGCGACCGGCACGUUGAUCGAUGACGUCACAGAUGCCCCGUCAGUUGUCACUCCGCUGUACAUUGGAGGGUUACCUGAAGGCAUAAUGGAGUUGGGUGACAAUGGGCGCGAGAACUUCAAAGGCUGCAUUCGGGACGUGGUGGCGCUUGGCCGUAAACUUGAGUGGGCAAAAAUGCAAACACUGCAUAAUGUAUUGCUGGAUUCGUGUCCUCUUGCAUAAAGAAGGCUGUUACUAUUAUCCUGUGAUUGGCUAUAGUCACGGAAGGCGUCUCCGUGGCAAUGAUAAAAUUGAGAAUAUGACAAUGAACAGGGCAAGGUGAUUUUUGGGUACUUAUCGAACAGAAAGAAAAUUGGAACAUACUCUAAUUUAAAGUACUGUUGAAGUGAGACAAAUUGCACCCCUUAAUUAAAAAAAUAACGUACCGAAUAUUUGACUUUUGACUGUUGCCCAAAUAUGGCAUAAUUUCAGGGUUCGAAAUAAUAAUUAUCAAUGAUAAUUAUCAUGACAAUUAUCACAAUUAAUCUCAAUAAAUAUACCUUAAUAAAUCAAUUGGAACAACAAAAUGCUACCACUCGCAAUGUCGUGGCCUAUGUUUAUAUCAGAGACGUAAACAAAUGUGUUAAAUAUCAAUCUUAAAUAAAUCACAAACCAAUUCUUUUUCCCAGAGAUUUUUCUUCGCGUUUAUUUAGUUUUCUCACUGUUUGUAAUUUUAGUCAAAAAUUGAAGAGAAUACUAGAAAUCAACGUAGA